GAAGUCGAACGAUUGUGCAGCCAAGGAAAACGGAACUACUCUUAUGCUGUCGGUUUACUGGCAAUGGCAAAUCGCAUGUGCGAAACUAGAGGAAUAAGCAACGGUGAUGCUGACGUCGCCGCGAGACGUCAAGUACUCCUAGCUGCCAGUCGGUUAUUGGCAUUCGCUCCAGAGGCCGUCCAAACCCAGUGUUUAUCAUCAUUGUGCAGUCUUUUACCCACAGCUCAUCCAUCAACAGUCGACGUUUCACGUCUACUAAAGCAUCUACUGGUACCGGUCGCUAAAGCACUAGUACUCCAAGUCAGGGAUAAAGCGGCUCAUUCGGUCACCACAGCUACCAUGAACACUUGCCUAUCCAAUGCUCCACAGAGCUGGCGUACUGAUCGCCCAGUCUCGCCUGAAAUUGGCAAAAUGACGGCGCAGUUCAUCAAUGACGUUUGGUUAGUGAUUUCCUAG